AUGCGAGCAACGCGACAUCUGCUCGACGCGCAUCUGCUGGACGGCACUUUAGCUGUCUCUCGAGCGCGGCAGAGGCGGCGCUCUCACAUGCCGUCGUGCUGCUUCUCCGCCCUCGUCAUUUCUGGAACCUCGGCUAUUCUCCUCGCCGGCGCCCUCUCCAGCCUUGACGGUGCUCUGAAGUUCGCCAGGCUCGACCUCGCUCUCCGCUCCUCGCUCGUCGACACGGCUGGCGCAGACCUCGAGGCCGGCCUCCCGACGGCAGCCCGCCUGGCGCUCCUCGCCGCCUUUGAGGUGCCCGUGGCCGUCGCCACGGGCAUGGACCCGGCCGCCCACCUCGACGUGUAUGUGCGGGCGAGCGGACGCCAGCCCUUUCUCUUCGGUAAGGGCAUCGCCGUGCCCGGCUACGACGACGUGUCGACGCUCGUCUCGAGCCCACAGCAGGAGCGGAGGGCGAUGGUGCUGGCACACCCGGUGCUGAUCGCCGACCCGGUGCCGCCAGCGUGCAUGGGAGGCGGCACUCUCAUCUACCUCUCCACGGGCGCGAAGCACACCGCGCUGCGCAGAGCGAUCGGCCGCGCCGUCACCGGCUUCGCCUUGAAGCGCGGGCGAGGCCCUCCGCUACUCUUCCCGCGCGGCGCUGCGCCGGCCGAGUGGGACUCGCGGGCGGUGCGGGAGACGGCGCCGCUGCUUGGCGCAGCGCUCGACUCGCAGGCCAACGCGACGCUCGAGACGCGACUCGCGCUCAAGGCGGCCGUCCUCGCCUCGCCGCUCGGGGGCCGGCUUCGCAAGGCGAACCGUGCAGACAAGCUCGACGCAGACGAGCUGGCGCAGCAGGUGGCGGACGGGCUCCUGUUCGCGGGCGGCUACGGCACGACCCACCUGACCCUCGCCGCCCUCGAGCGGAUCUCCAGCGACCCGGCGCUGUACGCGGACCCGGACGCCUUCCUCGUCGAGUCUGCGCGGCUCGACCCGCCCGUCACCUCGGUCUCCGCCAUCGCACCGAAAGGCGGCCAGCAGCUGCAGGGCCCAGGAGGGGGGCAGCUGCGGGUCGCGCAGGGCGUGCCGAUGCAGCUGCUCCUCUCCCACGCGAACCGCGACCCUGCCGUCUUCGAGCGGCCGUACGCCUUCGACCCGAGCCGGCGCAACCUCGACAAGGUCCUCUCGUGGAACGGCGUCGACGCGGCCGGCAGCUGCGACUACUCGGCGUCCGACCGCCCGAGCGAGGACCUCGAGCUGCGCAACGAGCAUGACGACGAGGCGAUGUAUGCCUACUACGGCGCCGGGCUGGUCAACAUCGUCCUCGGCGUCCUCGCCCUCAUCGUGCUCGGCUGGUUCUGCCUCAGCCAGAGACUCGCCUUUGGCGCGCUGUACGUCAAGGGCGACGCGGGCAUCAUCCGCGUGCAGAGCUGGCUCGGACUGCUGCACUACCUCGGCCAGGCCAUCGCCGCCUUCUCGUGGCUCCGCCUCCACGCUGUCGUCACCCACGCCGACGACGCGCGCGCGCGCGCCGAGUCGGCCUCCGCGCUGCGCCUCUGCUUUGGCGUGAUGGCCAUCUUCGUGGGCGCGUUCGCCGUCUUCGGCACCGCGGCGGCGUGCGUACUCUUCGUCCCCGCUGCGGCCAAGUCGUGGAUCGCGAUCGCCAUGUUUUGGUGGCGGCACGGUGGCGUGCUCGUGCUGGCGGCAUGCGCCUUCAUCGCCUUUUGGGUCGGCCAGGUGAUCGCCGAGCAGCGCGGCAUGUCGCUGAUCGACUACGAGGCCGGCUCGGGCAUCGGCGUCACGCUGCUCGCGCGCGGACUGUUGGGCGCGGAGGCGGCGCCGCACGCGUGGAAGUACGAGGUCUUUGCGCGCGGUUUCCUCGCGCCGAGCGUGUACUUUGCUGCGGCGGCGCACAUCGACCGCGUUCAAGGGCGCGGGCUGGGGAGGGCCUACCCCUCGGAGCUCUUCAUGAGGCGCGCGCUCCGCUUCAAGCACAGCGCUCCGGUGCUGCUCGCGCUGGCGCUCGCGGCGAUUCAUUCGUUCGCAAUUCCGCGGUCCUUCGGCGACAUCACCGGCUGCGGCGAGGGAGGGGGCGAGGCUGCCGGGCCGGAGUGCGCUGUCGACCCGACGGGCGGCCUCGACCAGUACACAAAAGUCUACUUCUCCAUCAUCCACCUCCUCGACGAUGGGUCUCAGCCCGGCCCCUCCUUCGUGCAAGCGCCGAACCGGACCGUGCAGCCGCUGCCCAAGGAGCAGGUGGUGCCUGGCCUCGUUCUACCCAGCUACGACGAGGACGAGGGGCUCGUCACGUCGCGCGCGCUCGCGAACCAGGCCUUCAGCGGCUACGUCAAGGACGGCCGCCUCUACCCGCUCGAGGAUCUCGACCUGCCGUGGCCCGAGAAGGACGGCGCCAUCGAGGCGCUGAUGGGACGGCUCUCGGGCAGCCUCGCGCCCGCCGAGCUGUACGACUACGACGCAAACAUCGGAGGCGACUCGCUGAUUGGCGACGCAGGCAAUCCAGAUUUCCCCCCCCCUGCGUCGCGGCGCUGGUUCAGGACGCAUUCCCUCGAGAUGUGUGCCCGACACGCGGACUUCACCUACCUCGCGCCGCUGACGGUGCGGCCAGGCUUCGAGCGGUACGGCGCAAAGGCGACAUUCGACGCGGCGGCGCGUCCCGUCUCGAUCUGGUGGUCGCAUGGCGAGAAGGAGGUGAGGCCGGACGACGCCGCGUGGACGCACGCCAAGUUCGCCUUCCGCUCCAGCCUGCUCACCGGGGUCACUCUCAAGGACCACCUGGCGGCGACGCACCUCACGAUCGCCGCGACGCUUGUCUCCGCCAGCCGCGACCACUUGCCGGCCACGCACCCGCUGCGCCGGCUGCUCAAGCCGUUCACGUACCGCACGAUCGCCCUGUCGCUGCUGCACCACACCGUUGCCCUCGACGCCGCCGGGCUAGAGGCGGGCUUCGCUUUCGCCUUCAACCGCACGCGCGACACCUUCGACCCCGCCAACCCGGCGCGCUUCCUCGAGUACCCUCUCGAGUACCCCCUCAGCUCCGCCGCCGAGUGCGCUGCGACGCCGCCCUCGUCCCAAGCCGCCUGCGCCGACGAGGCCGACGAGCUCGCCGCCUUCGCCGCCGACGGCACCCGCUACCGCGCGGCGGUCCGCGAGUACGUCGGACGGUACGUGGGCAUCUACUACGCCGACGACGCGGCGGUGGGGUCGGACGUGGUGCUAGCGUCCUUCUGGGCCGCGCUCGUCGCUCACUUCCCGCGCAUCCCGCCGCUAUCGUCGCGCGAGGCCCUCGUCGAGGUGCUGACCGGCUUCGUGUUCCACGUGACGGCAGGGCACCGGCACGUCGGCGCCGCCUACUCCGCCGUCAAGGACCCGAGGUACGCCGGCGCCAAGAUCCGGCCGGGGAGGGACAUGUCGGACGUGCAGGCAGCGGUGCAGGUGCUCGCCAUCGCCCUCGUCACCGGCUUCAAGCAGCCGAUGCUGCUCGGCGACUACUCGCACGUCUUCCUGCGCGACGGCCACCGCAACGCCACGCGCGCGCUGUGGAGCGACUUCCAGGCGAAGCUGCUCCAGGUGUCCGCCGAGGUCGACGAGCGGAACCGCGGGCCGAGGCGCUUCAAAGUGCGCGCCUUCGACCCGCGCGAGAUGGCGACAUCGGUGAGCAUCUGA